AUGAAUUUAAUAUUACCUCAGAGCGCUCUAGCCGUUUACAAUGUUGCUCUUCAAGAUGGUCGAUUCGUUGCUGGAGCGGGGGCAACCGAGAUCGAGUUGAGGAAGGAACUCCUGUCUCAUGCCAACACCUUGCCCGGCAUGGAGCAAUAUGCCAUUAGGCAAUUCGCCAAAGCCCUAGAAAUUAUACCCAGAUGCAUUGCCGAAAAUACAGGUGCCAACGCCAGUGAAUCCUUAGACAGCGUUAUUGACGCACACAAUUGGGGACACAUGUAUGCUGGGAUGGACAUCGAGACCCAGGAUACAGCUGUUACUUGUUUCGACGUGGUGGAGAGAGAUGUACUUGAUGCAUUGGUUGUUAAACAUUGGGCCCUUAAAAGGGCCACACAGGCAGCCUGCACCGUGCUGCGAAUUGAUCACAUCGUCAUGGCCCGUCCAGCUGGUGCACCAACAAUGCCAGCAGAUGACCUGUAA